AAGUAGAUUGUUACUCGGCAUUUUUUUGACAGUUGGUUUUGUGACUAAACUCAUUCAUCAUUGUUAAGUUUUAUAUUGUUCAAAGAUUUGUCUUUAUUGUAAGAUUUGAACGCUAGAAAAAUAAUAAUUAAUAAAAUGGCACCUGUUGAUCAAGAUGUGGAAAUGAAGAAUGUCGAGAGUCCUGCAGCUAGUAGUGAUGUGGAACCUGGCGAAGUGAAAAAAGAUGCAGACGUCCUAAGCGUUCAAGAUUUAAGGGAACAUGUUAGACAAAUCGAUAAAGCUGUAACAUCAAAGGAACCAAGAUUUGCAAUGAGAGUAUUGAGAUCUCUUCCUAAUACUCGCCGAAAAUUAAAUGGAAAUGUUCUUCGAGCAAUUAUUAAUCAAAUUUAUCCGUCAAGCCCCGAGAAAGAGACUUUACUGUCACUUGUUGAAAAUCCAUUGCCUGGCGCCGUGGAAAUUGAAAACCCACGGUCCAGAAGUGCUCCGAAAACACCCGUCCCUGAAGUAGAUGUGUAUCUGCACCUUUUAGUAUUACUACGUUUGCUGGAUACAAACAAGUUAGAAGAGGCAACUGAAUGCUCUCAACAAUUAAUGAACAAAAUUACUGCACAAAAUAGAAGAACGCUUGAUUUGAUUGCUGCUAAAUGUUAUUUCUAUCAUUCACGAGUAUUUGAAUUGACUAACAAGCUGGAUCUUAUUAGAGGAUUGCUACAUUCUCGUUUGCGUACAUCAACUCUUCGUAAUGAUUAUGAAGGACAAGCUGUACUUAUCAACUGUCUGCUGCGUAAUUAUUUACACUAUUCUUUGUAUGAUCAGGCAGAUAAGUUGGUGAGCAAGUCAGUAUUUCCUGAAAAUGCAAGCAAUAAUGAGUGGGCAAGAUUUUUGUAUUAUUUGGGCAGAAUUAAAGCAGCUCGAUUAGAAUACAGUGAUGCCCACAAACAUCUGGUACAGGCUCUUAGAAAGGCACCUCAAACUGCAGCAGUUGGUUUUCGUCAAACUGUACAGAAACUAGCUAUUGUUGUGGAGUUGCUUUUAGGAGACAUCCCUGAGAGAGCUAUAUUUCGUCAAGCACCUUUAAGAAGGGCUCUGGCACCAUAUUUUCAACUCACACAAGCUGUACGUCUUGGGAAUUUACAGAGAUUUGGUGAAGUUUUAGAGAACUAUGGUCCACAAUUCCGUAGUGAUCAUACUUUCACUUUAAUUCUUCGUCUUAGACAGAAUGUCAUCAAAACUGCAAUCCGUUCAAUUGGAUUGUCAUAUUCUCGCAUCUCCCCUAAGGAUAUAGCUAGAAAAUUGGGUCUAGAUUCUGCUGAAGAUGCUGAAUUUAUUGUGGCCAAGGCUAUAAGAGAUGGUGUUAUUGAGGCAACACUAGACCCAGAGAAGGGGUAUAUGAGCAAUAAGGAGAGUUCAGAUAUUUAUUGCACUCGAGAGCCUCAGCUUGCAUUUCAUCAGCGUAUAUCAUUUUGUCUGGACCUUCAUAACCAGAGUGUGAAAGCUAUGAGAUAUCCACCAAAAUCAUAUGGAAAAGAGUUAGAAAGUGCUGAAGAGCGCCGUGAAAGAGAGCAGCAGGAUCUGGAACUUGCAAAGGAAAUGGCAGAAGAGGAUGAUGAUGGUUUUCCUUGAAUAAUAUAAAUAUUAAUAGAUUAUAUUGUUAGUGUCUGAAUUAUUAAAUACUGAUAAAUCAAUAUACUAGUAUUUGAAUAUUAA